AUGACCCUCCUCGAUUUCUUCCGCAGCAUUCUGCGCCGGCUGGCCGCCGUGAUCCUCUUUCCCUCUGCCUUCAAGACCAUGGACGUCUCGGUCAAAUCUCCAAACACUGAGGUUACGGUGGUCGAGACUAUGGACACCCUUCAUUCCUUAGACUCGCUCAAGGACGAAAUCAUGCGUCUCUUCAGAUAUCCCUGUACCAUGCGUCGAAUGCUGUCCAUGUCCUCCUCCCUCCGCGUCCAAUACAAGGCCAAACUCCAAGAGAGCGAUGCUUGCAUGCUACCCUCGUACUGCGAGACAUUGCCGACCGGAAAAGAGACAGGGACUUAUAUCGCUCUCGAUGUGGGUGGCUCGACUUUCCGGGUGGCAUUGAUUGAACUCCGGGGAAGAGAGAAUCGACACGGCCCUAUGGUGAUCAAGCACAUGUCCACCAGUAAGAUUGACGAGCGAAUACGUAAACUACCUGGGACGGAGUUCUUCGACUGGAUGGCCAGUAGGAUACAUGCUAUGCUGGAAGAAGAGAAGGAAACUUGGUCGCCUGAUCAGACGUUGCCCCUGGGUUUAGCCUGGAGUUUUCCUAUUGAGCAAACAAGUCACCGGGGAGGGAAGGUUCAAGGUAUGGGGAAAGGGUUUGCUUGCCAUGAAGGUACCAUGGGCAUGGAUUUGGGCCAACUCAUCGAGACCGCCUGCGCGAGGAGGAGUUUGAAGGUCCGUGUUGACGCCAUUGUCAAUGAUUCUUCAGCCACCCUCCUUUCCCAAGCCUACCUCGAUCCUGCUACCUCCAUGGGGCUUAUUUUGGGGACUGGGACAAACGCCGCUGUAUAUCUGCCGACAUCGUGCAUGGGGAAGUCCAAGUUCGGGAUUCGGGAUCAUUCAUGGUUCGACAAGGCCGAGCGGGUCAUUACGAACACGGAAGUGUCAAUGUUCGGCAAGUCGAUUCUUCCAGAGACGCGAUGGGACGAGAUCCUGAACCAGCAGCACAUAAGGCCAGACUUUCAACCUCUUGAGUACAUGACUACUGGUCGCUACUUGGGAGAGCUGUUCCGAUUGAUCAUUCUCGAGGGUGUUGCAACCGGCGAGCUGUUCAGCGGCGUCAUGCCAGAUGUGUUGCGCGAGAGCUAUUCUUUGGACACCGAGAUCAUGGCCAAGCUUGAGCUGGACAAGACGAAGAGUAUGAGGGGCUCAAUUUCGAUGAUCAAAAAGGCUUUUGGGUUGAAAAGAAGCCCGACACUGAAAGAAGUUUCGUUCCUCCACGAAGCGGCCGAGUCAAUCUCUUAUCGAGCCUCCGCCUACAUCGCUGUUGCCGUGCACGCUCUCUGGGCUUUACAAAAAGACACCGAGGUCAACCCCACAACCCCGAACGGAACUCCCAAAACCUCGAUUGCGUGUAACGGCAGCGUUAUACUCAAAUAUCCCGGCUUCAAAGAUCGUUGUGAGGGUUUCAUCCGACAAAUGAUCUCCACUGGUUCAUCGCCAGAAGGCACAUUUGGUUCUGAAAGGAUCGUUCUUGAGCCGACUCAUGAAGCAGCCAUAUUCGGCGCAGCCGUCGCUGUGGCACUAACCAACGCGCCCUGA